CGCAGGCGGCAGCGCCAUGGUGGAGAAGUCGGAUCGAGCACCACUGCUGGACUGGGAGGAGAUCCCACCGUCAGAUCCGAACCAGGCGGCUCCGCCACCACCUCUGGCCGCGGACACUGUGGUUGGUACCACUGCCGUCACCAGCAGCACCUGCAGUCCGUGCAGGAAUGUAACAGCUGAUGUUGGCAGCGGAGUCGGAAGCUCGGCCCGUCCCUGGACAGACCUCCGUGGACAGGGCUGGACUCGGCCGGAGGCUGUGGGGAUAGACCGUCACGUUCCUUACCACGGCAGCCUGUCAGCGAGAGAUCAGUGGGCAGAAAAAGAUCAGAUUGUGGCUGUGUUUGUAGUUACCUUUGACCCGAGAUCAGGGAACAUAAUAGAGUGGUGCCUGCCUCAUGACAUCAAUCUUGAUGGAGUUGAAUUCAAGUCAAUGGCCAGUGGUUCCCAUCGGGUCACCAGUGACUUCAUAUAUUUCCGUAAAGGCCCUUUCUUUGGCUUAGCCUGUUUUGCUAACAUGCCUGUGGAGAGUGAACUGGAGCGAGGGGCGAGGAUGAAGUCUGUGGGAAUUCUCUCUCCGUCAUACACACUGCUUUACCGCUACAUGCACUUCCUGGAGAACCAAGUCAGGCACCAGUUACAGUGUCCAGGUCAAUAUUCUCCACUGGAGGCCUUCUAUGAGGACAAAAAGGCUGUCCUUCAACCUUCAGGGAAUAGCGUGGUCUCUGCCUGCCCCACCUGGAGCGUUACCAACAUUAACCGCUGCAUGCAUCCAGAAAUGAAGAUCACCCACCCAGCUGGCUGCAUGUCACAGUUCAUCCAGUUUUUCGGGGAACAGAUUAUGGUUCUGUGGAAGUUUGCCUUGCUGAGGAAACGCCUUCUAAUCUUCUCCCCUCCACCUGUAGGUGUGGUCUGCUACAGAGUGUACUGCUGUUGCUGCCUGGCCAACGUGUCUCUGCCUGGAAUCGGUUCCUCUGUGCCCGAGUUACGACCUUUCUUCUACAUCAACGUAGCAGACAUUAAUGUCCUGGCAACAGAAGUGUCAUAUAUAGCCUGUACUACAGAGAAGAUCUUUGAGGAGAAGAAGGAUUUGUACGAUGUCUACAUUGACAACCAGAAUGUGAAAACACACAGGAGCCAUUUGCAGUCAAUGCUGCGUCUCAAUGCAGCUGAUAAGGAAAGGUACAGGAAACUGACGGAACAAAGACAAUUGCUGCUGUACUCUCAGGAGGUGGAUGGAGACUGCACAUCAAGUGAAGAGGAUCUCUUCAAUUUGUUCUUCAUGGAGCUAAACAACCACAUCUUCCAGACUUUGUCUGAGAUAGCUGGUAGUGCUGAACCCACCCUCACCACUGACCACGUGAGAGCCAUGGGGCUGGAUCCCCAGGCUGACCGCUCCUUCCUGGUCAACCUGCUGGAUGUGUAUGGUUUUAACAUCACCAUGGUCAUUGACAACUUGUGUUGCACCUGAGCCCCUUCUGUCCCCCUCUCUCUGUCUGGGAAGGUCCACAUGCCACCGGAGUCCACGUGCCUUUAAGGCCUUGACACACCAAAACACUGAAGACACUGCCUCCGCUCUCAGACCUCGCCUGUUAUCUGCUGUCCCCUUCUGGGUGUGCAUUUCUACUCUGUUGGUCCAUCUGACCUGUGGAGGUCUUUUUCCAUCCAUUGUGGAUAAGGAGGAAACUCAACACUGUUGUAUCCUGGCGUAUAAACUCCUGCUGAGCAGAUAUGACGCUUGGAUCAGACCAGCCCUGUGACUGUACGCAUCCUACAUCACUCUGUACGCGGUCUGUCAGAUAAUGCUGAUUUGUCUUUCUUUCUGCUUAUCUGACUUGGAUUUCCACUUAAAUUGUCAGAGUACAUAAGACACACCGAAUGUAAAGGUUGUUGAUUAGGUGCAAAGAGAUGUUUAAAUAAUUUGGAAAGGAUUUUAAUCAUUGAAAUCUGUUUUGGCAUUUGAAUUGGCUAUUGUUAAAAAAGUGUAGGCUGCACUCAACCUCCCUUAUGUAAUCAGAAGAAGGUGUUCAAAAAUAAUUGUCACGCUUCAAUAUGUCUGCUAUUAGAAAUAGAGUUUUCUGCCCUUAAAAAGCUAAAAUUAAUGUUAUGAAUCUGGCCAAGUGGUAACCAUUAAAUGUACAUUAAUCCUCUCACUGAGAUUCUAUCUUCUCUUACACGUCAAAGGCUAUGAGGAGAAUAACGCUGCGUUUCCUAUGCCUCAUAAUAUUGAGGAAAAAUUCCAUUAUAUCUGUUAAAACCAGAGUUGAUGCAUUCCAGUUGCUAUAGUCAGAAAACACCUCUAUGAAAGCAAUAGUGUUUUGCAGUUGUUUGCUACAAUUAUUGCCAGCUAUAAAACUAUAAAACUAUAAAGCUAUAAAGUAUGAACCUCAAGAUAAAAGAUGAAACAAAACAGAAAUAACCAUGGUUUGAAUAAUAGGCAGUGAUUCCGGCUUUGGAAUCAGCCUUCUCUGAGCUGAAAGGUGUACUGUAGAAAUACCACGUCAUGACGUCUGCCUUUUGUCAUUCAUGGCAGAUACCACUUAGAAACAUGUAAAUGGACACACAGCAAAAAAGUGUUUUAAAAACCCUGUUCAAUUCAGUGUACUUUAAGCACAUGUUGCUGUUAUAGUGUAUCUGUUGCAUUGCAGUUUAGGUGUAGGUAAAAGCUGACUUCACUGAUACUGUAUAGUGCUCCUGUAGGCCAAUGUCUUAUCUGUUGUAAUGGUAAGUGAACAUAACUGUAAUAACUUUAACCAGUGGUUCUUGAAGUUUUUCUGCAGCGCCCCCUUUUGUGGGUAGAACUAAUGUCAAACAUCUGCUGUUUUUUAUUGAACAUUUAAUAAAAUUACAAAUCAGUAAUUUUCCCACCGUGGGACAUUUAAAGAAAAGCGUUUUCCCUGCUGCACCUCUCUGCAAUAGGUGCUACCUAAGGGGGACCUGCCCCGUACUUUGAGAACCACUGACUUGACUCAAUAACAUAGUGUUUAAAGCUAUGUUUACUACCUAAUGCCUGAGCCAGCAGAGGUUGUGUGGAGGGUGAAAAAGUUUUUUGCGAUUGUGAACGUGUCGUUUGUUGUAACACUGUAUACAGUUCCCAGAGGCUGAAUUAUUAUUUCUCUCAUCAGAUCCUGUUAAAGAGAGUGUCUGUAGUUGAUAGUUUACUUAUUGGACAGCUAUAAACGAUCCGCUCCACUCCACUCGCUCGUGUCUUAGACAAAGAAUCCUUUGUUGUUUUAGAUCAGCUAAUGCCACAUUUGGAGCAGGGUUGGAGUUUUUAACUCCUCCUCUGCAGUAAAUGUCACAGGAAGAGCCCCGGUGUGUUUUAACUGAAGCUCUGCCUCCUUUUAUUACAGUCCCACUCAGUGUAUCCUGUGGAGAUGGUCCAACACUGUUUUUUUAAUAGUUUGUGUUGAAGUUUGUCAUGUUGCCUAUCAAAGUGAUUAUUUGUUCCAUAUUGGAACAACAAAGCCUCGAGUUAUUUUUUUAUUAUUGGUCCCCCAAUGACCAGGUAUUUUUUAAUUAUAAAUAUGUCCUCAUCACCAUCGUCCUUGUCCUCAGUACUGUGUGCGUUGAGUAAAUUCCAAAUCUUAUUAUGGUCAUUUCAUAACUGUCCUCCAGGAUCCCUAAGGAUCAGAUAUGAAAUAAGUGUGUUUACAGUAUGGUGGAACUGCAAGGUUUUAUUGUAAUUUGAAAUGGGACCUCAAGAAAAUGUGAGUUUUCUCUCCUAGUAAUUUGAGACAGCAAUCACUCAUUGCUGUUUGUACAACUGCGUUAUUUGCUAAAAGAUUAGGCUUAAGCACAGCUGUGUGACCUUAGUGUCACUGCUUGUUAGAAGACCUGUGUUUGCGCCUCUGACACUGUGUGUACUUUUUAGGUGUAUGUUAAAUGUAAUGUAGAAUGUACACAACACACAGCACUGUAUAAAAUGCCUUCUUUGUAUAGUCCUUCAGAGAUGUGCACUUAGCAAUACAAAUGGCACAUCUGAGCAGUGUGUUUUUUUUCUAGUGUAAUGCAAUUCGAGGAUAAUCAAAGACGACUAGUUGUGUCUUCAUCAUUUACUAAUCUGAUAAACUGUUAGAGCCGUCGGCAAUGUAAUCAUGAAUUCUAAAGCAUGAGCAAACACUGACAUUAACGUACUGCCAUUAUAAAAGACAACAUCACAGA